AAUACAACGGAGGAAGUGAUAUACAUUGAGUUUCCUGCACAGGGCCCGCCUCCAGGAAGAGAUGCGACUCUCCUGCCUGUCACUAGCAAGCUGUCUGAAUGCAGGAGGAGGACAGGGAAGCUGUGCUUAUACAUGUUUUAAUGCCUGAAUUGUGGAAUGGCUGAAAACCACCAAGGAAUUGUGCAUGCACAGUUAGACGAGAGUUCAUUUAUCGAAGGAGUAAGCAAUCAAGUGAUCAUUGCAGUUGUCUUAAGCUUAACGUUCGUUGCAACUCUUGUAUAUUUUCUCCUAAGGAAUGAACAGCAAAACAUUCACCCCGAGAAUCAAGAACGCGUGAGAGCUGUACGAGAACAGCUACAGAAUGAACAACAGGACACACCAGUGGCACCCCGGCAUCAGUUUUACUCUGACAUGUCUUGCCCUGUAUGUUUACAACAAGCCACUCUUCCAGUGGAAACCAACUGUGGACAUCUUUUCUGUGGUCCAUGUAUUAUCGCCUACUGGAGAUAUGGCUCGUGGCUAGGAGCAAUUAGUUGCCCUAUUUGUCGGCAAACGGUAACGUUACUAUUUCCAGUGUUUGAAGUCAACGAACAACAAGAAGCACAAGAGAUUUCCCAGGAAGUUAAUAGUUAUAAUCGAAGAUUUUCUGGACAGCCUCGCUCUAUAAUGGAAAGAAUUAUGGACUUGCCCACUUUACUGCGUCAUGCUUUCCGUGAGAUGUUCUCGGUGGGAGGACUCUUUUGGAUGUUCCGAAUUCGAAUUGUCCUCUGCCUGCUUGGGGCGUUGUUCUAUUUGGUGUUACCCUUGGACAUUAUUCCAGAAGCUCUGUUUGGUAUUCUAGGUUUCCUGGAUGAUUUUUUUGUGUUAUUUCUAUUUCUUAUAUAUAUUUCCAUCAUGUAUCGUGAAGUGGUAACACAAAGGUUACACAGAUGAGCAAUGCGAAGGGCACGGUGAGUCCUUUCCUCAGGCCCUUUAAAUAACUUUCUAUGCAGGCUUUAUUCAAGUAAAUCUAACUGGAAUUUUUAAUGUAUUACCGCAUUCUGUUCAAAAUUGGAUAGUAUUAAAAAUGAGAUUUAGGUAAAAUGUUGCUUGUUUACAUCCACCUUGAAUACCAAAUUUCAAGAUCUAUGUAUUGUUACAAACUUGUUUUCCAGAAAAAGGUGCUACUGGGAAGUUUUAGCCAGAAGUAAUGUAGGCUUUUCUUGCCUGUAAUCCAAGUUCAUGAGAAUGUGUUCUUUUAUCUCUUAAUAGUCCUUUGCUGGGAUACCACAUGAAUCCAGUGAAAAACGGCAAUAUUGGCUUUCUAUUGGCAGUAUAAUAAACAAUAAAUGUUUACUCAGUUUUUGUUACUCUAUACUUAACAUGGAUCUCAAGUAAGUAAGAAAUAAAUGAUGUAAAUAAAUAUAUUUUUUAUUAUUUCAAAGUAUUACAUAAAGCCAUUUGUUAGCAGUUGUUCCAACCAGCACACUUUAUUCACAGCCCAACAUGUUAAUCCCCCAAUGACCUACUUAUAUUACCUCAGGUUUCUCCAUAUAAAAAAUUUACAACCCCUUCAUGCUAUAGGUCCCUGUCUAGAAAACUAGGCAUCGGUGUAAAAGUAAAGGAUAUUAGGGGAGCUCACCAGUGUGGGAAUGUGGGAGCCGCAGGGAUAUUCCGGCAGACCCUCAUACAGCCAUUACCCCCGGAUGGCUCCCCAAAGACCCCACGGAAACACUGAAAAAAAUUACCAGGCACACUCCAGGUCAAGAAAUUGCUGCAGUAUAUGUAGUAUAUACAACUAUAUGUAGUAUCUGUAGUGAGGUCUUUCUGGUUUGCGGCGCUAUGCUGCUUGCAAUCUUGUAUGUGCAUGUAAAUCCUUGAUCCCCCUAUAAGGCCAUCAAAAACUAUAUGGGAGUGAGACUAUUGUAAAAGGGGACAGGAAUGAUGGUUAAAUUAGCACUUUAGGCCCCAUUAAAAACAAAGUACCCUCAAUCUGGUUUGGGGUGCAUAUGUGCUGCAUUGAAUGCAUUACAUUAAACAGUAACCUUCAUGAAAAAA